AUAUAACAAGAGACCUGCAGCAGCUUUGACUUACAGCUCUCACAGGAAGGAUGGCGGCCACUUCAGCUCUACUCCUGCUGGUUCUGUGUGCUGUGGAUGCACAAGGCUUCAAGCAAUUAACAGAUGGUCAAGGCAGGGAGCGGUGUGCAGAAGAGGGAAGGUUCGCUCACCCGGACUACUGUGACGAAUAUAUCGACUGUGUCCGUCAAGGCGAAGGGAACGUUCUUCAGGCGUAUGUCGGCUCCUGUAGAGGUGGCGUCUUCGACCCCGACCUUAAAAAGUGUCUCCCCUCUACCAAGCACAACAGUAGCUGCAAAGCACAUCGCCGCCAAGGAAAGAUGACGCCGAUGGAACAUAACCACGACUUCGCUUGUAACCAGAUUCAAAAUGGUUUCUCUUGUCUCUCCUGCAAUACCCUUGUGAUAUGCGUUGAUGGCAAGGCACACACUGAAGAGUGUAGGACGGACUUUGCAUGUGAUGUCAGGGAGCCAUAUAAGGGCGCCGUCUGUUAUCCGAAAAGUCCUGCACAGUGCACGUGUGGUAACACCAAACAGCUGCUCCCCGACCCUUAUAAUCCACAAGCUUAUCUUGAAUGCAUGUCUGGAGCUAAAGAACCUACUGUUCGCUUCUGCCGCAAGGGCAUGUUCUUUUCAAGGGAAAAUUUAAUGUGUCAAUACCCUGGUAACAACGUUCAGUGCAGCAAUCAAGGAACUUUCCCGAACCCCAAUGACUGCACUGAAUACUACAAAUGCAUACAAACUACUGGAGGGUUCAUUCAGUACACAUUUCAGUGUACUUGUGGCUUUCUCUUUAAUGAAAUAACGGGGAGUUGUGAAGAUCCCUGCAGCUAUCAGCCAGAGGAGUUCAAAUGUAAGACUGAAGGCCGUUUUCCCAACCAGUAUGACUGUAGCAGUUACUACGUCUGUGUUGCCGACAAUAUCCUCCAGACAGGAUUCAUUCAAGAACUACGGAGAUGCCCUCUUGGACUCACGUGGACGGCAGGAUCGGUGGCUGGCACAGGGCAAUGCAUGCCCGGCAACAGCGCUAUUUGCACAAGUUACAGGGUUCCAAGGUGUGCCGUUCCUAAGGGAAGAAGCUGCGCGGCCACUCCCACUGUCACAAAAGGAGGAAGUUGUAGACAGGGAAGCCCGAACUGUCAGUGCAACUCAGCCACCGGCCAGCUGUCCUGCGGGAAAAAUUUCGUUGCUGUGGGAGACAGCUGCUCUCAAUGUGAGGAGGGAUGGACACUUUAUAAGUCUUCAUGCUACUAUUUCAAUGUUGAAAGAAAAGGUACUUGGGACGAAAGUCGCAGUUACUGCGCAGACUUCAAGAGCGAUUUAGUCAAAAUUACAAGUGCAGAGGAAGAACAUUUCAUCAGAGAACGCAUGGAUGGAUCCGUCUGGAUUGGUCUGAAUGACAUAAAAGAGGAGGGACGCUUUGAGUGGACAGAUGGCUCACGACCAACGUACACUGGGUGGUCGCCAAACGAACCUAACGACAGUGGUGGUGCAGAGGAUUGCACCACGUUGCGGAAGAGUGAGGGCUGGAAUGAUAUCAUAUGCAGCAGUAAAUUUGGGUGA